AUGCACACCUUCGAUGAGAAUCUGACGGUAAAAGAGAGAAUUUUCAAAUGCGAUUUUUCUGUCUUGCCGCUCGUUCGACCACCCUUCUACUCAAUAUUUUUAUCCUCAACCUUUGUUGAUACACAAGUUGAGAGAAAUGCAAUUUUGGAGCAUGUUCAACCGAGAAUAUUGGAAAUUUGCAAGGGUCAGAAUAUUGAAUUCAAUCUCAUUGACUUACGUUGGGGUAUUCGUGAUGCAAGCACAAAAAAUCACAAUGUUAUUCAAAUCUGCCUUGAUGAAGUCAGACGAUGCUUUGAAACUUCUCCAAUGAGUCUCCCAGUACUCGUGCAUUUGGCUUUUGAUAGAUACGGUUGGGUGCCUGUUCCAUCAGAAAUCGAACAUGAUUUGUUUCUGAGCUUGGUUGACGAAACCCCCGAAAACGAAAGAAGUCUCCUUCAUACCGCAUACAUUCAUGAUAAGAAUCGAUGCCCAGAAGUACACCGUCUUCGAUCAACAGAUGAACUCAAAAAUUGGACUGACCUAGAGCCGAAACUUAGAUUUUUUCUAGAGAAAUCAGCUCUUAUGAAAAAUAAGCUGAAAUCACUUACUGAGCAAGAAGUCCGUUUUGGGAUGGAGUUGGAUCCUAAACGCGUGAUUCUUCUAACGAAGUCUACGGAAAAGGGCAAAGAAGAAUCAGACAAUUUAGAGGCGCAAGAAGCCUUCAAAAAUUCUGUUAGAGAAACAAUUCUAUCGGCAAAUCACAUUGAGCUUGUUCAAGAUGAUAAGGAAGAGUCAGUCUACAAAAAAUCAGUUUCUGAUGGGAUUCUAGGAAUAAUUGAGCCGCUUCUAGCAUCAUUGAAGGAAUCGCGCUCUGAACAGACUGUUUUUCAAGAUGAGCUUGUUCAUCAAAUGCGUUUUGCCCUAGAUAGGGAAAGAAACUUCAUCGGCCGCAGUGACUUGUUAAAAACAGUUCUUUGGGAAAUCAACAAGCGAUCAAAGAACGUCUUUGUUUUUACCGGAGCUUCCGGCUCUGGAAAGAGCACAUUCAUUGCGAAAGUCUGCGUUGAGCUUCAGAAGAUCGGUCAUUUUCCGUUACUUCGUUUUUGCGGAACUUCGAAGAUUGCUUCACAGCGGGACAAUAUUCAAAAGUCAUUGAUUAAACAUCUUGGGGGUAUUCUUGGUUUCAGUCUCCUAAGAAAACCUGAUGCGAAUCUUACCGAUCUUUUCAACACCGCUCUUGCCGUAGCCUCAAGAAAUUUGGACUCUCGAAAAGUCGUGAUCGUGUUAGACUCCAUCGACCAGCUCGAUGCGGGAAGUAGGCGAAGUCUAGACUGGCUGCCAGUUGACUUCCCCGACAAUAUCGUUCUUUUGAUUUCGAUCAUUUCGGGUGAUUCCACCUUUCAAGAAACUUAUGACGAGCUCACUCAGCGGUUUCGAAGGAGUAAAAUUUUUGAAAUUCAACCGCUGGCUGAAAAUGAAAUUCACCAAAUGGUCAAGUCUUAUUUAACGGCUGAAAAUCGACAAUUACAGGAAGACCAAGAAAAAUAUCUCAAGAGCUUGCUUCUGAAUGAAGAGUUGGAGAAACAAACGGUUUUCCGGAACAAACUCUUCCUCUCAAUCGCAAAGACGAUCAGUUCGUUUGAAAAGGUGCCGGAAGUGGUUCCCACUACGGAAGGAGCACUCAAUGUCAUAACUGAACGAUUAUUCAAUGUGCAUGGAAAAUUCCUUGUCAGCCAUGUUCUUGGAUUAUUAUCUGCCAGCCGUAACGGCUUUAGCGAAGCUGAUCUGAUCGAAAUGCUCUCAGGGGACGACAAAGUUUUAGAUGACAUUUUUCAGUAUCAUCAGCCACCUCUUAGAAGACUUCCAGAGCUAGUCAUGAAGCGACUGUUGAUGGAAAUCCAACAGUACAUAUGCAAACCCCAUGUGAAUGGCAAACAAGUGAUCAGAUACUUCCACCGCCAAUUUCAUCAGUACUUCAAACAAUUUCGUUCUGUUGAGCUUUAUGAGCUCGCGUUACGAUACUUGAAUGGCGAAUUGAAAAAUAAAUACAAGGAUCGUCUGAUAACCGCACCAGAAAGCAAAUGGAUAACUUUAUCAGAAGAGCCUCAUUUACUGUGGAAAGUCUCCUGUGUAAGCACUUCGAGCGAAGGGCGCAAGCACUUGACAGCUCUGGAAAACCUUCUGGCAAACAAGACGCGCAUUCUUGAAAGAAUUUACUUUGAUCAGCUUCAAGAGUAUCUCAUCGAUCUUGAGAACUACUUGGACUCGACGAAAGGGGACACUCGUGACUGCAGAUUUCGCCUGCAAAAGAUUUACGAUUUCCUGAGGCCUAAAGCGUUCUACAUUGAGUCCAUCAAAGACAAAGAAGAGCAACGGCAAGAAGUAAUUCGAUUAUUCCUUGGUCAAGAAUCCAUGGUGGAGUUCAAAAAUCCAUUUCGAUGCAAAUCUUCAAAGGACUAUCCGAAUAUUCUCUUGACGAAUUACACCCCUAAGCAAAAAAUUCAAGGGACUGAUCUUUGUCUUGACAGAAUAAGACCAAAUGUUAUGACAGAGAGUCUUAAAGUUUAUGGAGUAGAUGCUCAACUGUUCUUGACAGUUUUUAUUUACGAAGACAGACAGACAUGUUCAAAGUCAUCGAUGUUAACCUUGUGGAAUGAAGAUGGAAAGAUGAAACUGAAUAAAGAAUAUCAAGAGACUAUUCUUGCUGCUUACGAUUUCGACAAGAGCCACUUCGUCAUUGCUACACCAGAUGAGAUACGAAUCCUGAACAAAUCAAACUUCAAAAAAGUUGGAAAAUCGAAGAUUGGCUUGAGUGAAUGUGAAAAUGGCCUUCUCGACGUUUGCGGAGAAGGAAUCAUAGUGUUCCUCACAAAUACUCACUUGGUGCUUUUUGAAAGCUUUUCCUUUGACGGUGAGACUUUCGGACUCGACAAAAGAGUUCCAGUUGAGCUCGACAUCAAAGCCAAGGUCACAGAUGAUCAAAGAAGGUGGAAUUUUCUGAAAGCAACAGAAGAUUAUGUUUUCAUAGGUGGAGAGGAUCAGUUAUGUCAGGUCUACCUAGUUUCGACUGGUGAAAAGAUUGGCUUCGCAGAAAAUAGACUCAAAGAUGAAAUUGGCAUAUCAUGCGAUGUCAAUGAAGCAACAGGGAAGAUCCUUGUGACAAGUACUCAUCGAACAAUUUUAUUUGAUAUCGACUACGAUCCAGAUGCCGUAUACAAAAAUUCUCUAAUAAAAAAGAAGGCACAUUCGUUACAUGGAGGGGUAAUCUGCUGCUCCGGAGAAUUUCUCGUGACUAGGGAAGAUUUGAAGAUUUCUAUUUCGACUUUCUUUCGAUCUGGAGAAUACAAGAAGUUCCAGUACCAACAAAAGCGAGACAAAUUCUUCGUUCCCUCAGCAAUAGCGGAGACGACUGACUUUCUGGCCCUGGUCAUAUCACAGAAUCGUGUAAGAAUAGGGAAGAAAAGCCAUCUUAGACAAAUCUCUAAAACGAUAACAACCCGGUCGUUUUUGCAAAUGGACAAGGCGAUAUUCAGUAACAAAACGAUGAUAGUCUCCCUUGUCAAAGGCGAUGGAGAUUUGAGCAUAUACGACGAAAAAGAGUUAAAGAUCAUCGCUCGACUCAAAUCAUCCAGAUCUGGCCAGCAAACGCUCAAGUCAUUUGCGUUUGCAGAGAAAAAUAGAGUUCUAGCUACAGUUACGAAUGACAAUGUUGAUUUCUGGCAGCUACCAGAAGAGAAUGAACCUCUGCCAGAUUCCCUUGGUUUCCCACUUUUUAGCAAUCAUGUCAAUUUUACGUCUGUCUGCCAGACUGUCAAUUUCAUUGAAGAUGACGAAAAUCUCUGGCUAGCGAUUCCAAAAGAUGAUGGGUUUUUGAUCGUCAGUAGGAACGAUAAUAUUUGGAAAGCGAAAUCUGUGACAAUCAUUCAAGACAAAACCUCACUACUCGCGAAUCCGUUCUGUAUCAAAUACAGUGGUCUCUUCAAAAACGAUGGUGUUUUCUGGUGCAUUGCGACUGAGAAAUCAACGAAAAAUGACGUUUUCUUUACUAUUGACCCAGAAAAUCAAGCUGUUUUUGCGAGAAAAUUCGAAUAUGGGGAACUAAGAGUGGUUGAGGCGAUUCCAAAGUCGAAAAAUCUGCUUAUUGGAUCACAAAACUCCUUACUGUCCAUGACAAUUGACGGCGAAGUUCUUGUAUCUCUGAAAAUUACAGGUUCUGUGAAUAUCCUUUAUGUAUUUGAGCAGAACAACUCGAGGUUCUUCCUGGUUGGCACGACAAAAGGACAUGGAUACUUGGGCAAAAUAGAGGAAGAUGGAAGAAAACUAGAGAUAAUUGACCAACUGACGAUACCAAAGCCCGUUCCCUACCAAGAUCGCACAUUUUUCAUUGAAAACAAGGAUGACAACGUCCUUGUCUAUGAUAUUGAUGAUGGUCAAGCAUGCUUUAUCAAAGUUAUGAGCUUCGAAUAG